AACAAUUAUCUUUUUAUUAUUAUUAAAUAAUCUUUGUAAUAAUAAAUAAUAAAAAAAAAUAAAAAUCUUUUUUUAUAAAACGAGUAGUGUGUACAAUAAAAAAAUAAAAUUUUAAUCAAAUUUUAAUUAUAAUUAAUAGUGUUUUAUAUAUAUAAAUAAAAAUGUCAUCAUCAUCAUCAACAAAUAGUGCCCCACAAAAAGUAGUCGAGGAAGAAGAAGUCAAAUCAUACUAUUAUCCAGAUAGAGAUGCUGAUAUUGGUGAAGUUGGCCAAGGUUAUUCAAUAUGGAGAAACAAUACAUUCCGUACAAUGAUUUUAGGUUUCACACCAUUGGUCGCCAUUAACUUUAUCUACCUUUAUAAUAAUAGUGAUAUUCUUUUAGAUAUUUUCAGUAAAUUCCAAACCAUGGUCUAUGAAGAAUUCCAACAACAAGACCCAAAGAAUAUUUAUAUUAUCAUCACCUUAGCAUUCUUAUCAUUAUUAUUAUUAGAAUUAGUUAUCAGUGUUUUCAUGUCAAAGAGAAGAAGAGCUGUUUAUUUAGUAGAUUUCUCAGUUUUCCAACCAGAAGAUAAAUACAAAAUCACUCACGAAUUCUUUGUUGAACACACUAAAAGAGUCGGUUGGUUCGAACAACCAUCCAUCGAUUUCCAAACUAAACUUCUCUAUCGUACCGGUUUAGGUAAUGAAACUUAUUUCCCAGCUGGUAUCACCAAACCAGUACCAGAUGUCAGUAUGGAAUCAGCUCGUCAAGAAGCUGAUAUGGUCUUAUCAGGUUGUUUAGAUGCACUCUUUGCUAAAACUGGUCUUAAACCAAAGGAAAUUGAUAUUUUAAUCGUCAAUUGUUCAUUAUUCAAUCCAACUCCAUCUUUAGCUGCUAUGAUGAUGAAUAGAUAUGGUAUGCGUCCAGAUAUUUUAAGUUACAAUUUAUCAGGUAUGGGUUGUUCCGCUGGUGUUAUUUCAAUUGAUUUAGCUAAACAAUUAUUACAAGUCCACAAAAAUGCAACUGCUGUUGUUUUAAGUACUGAAAAUAUUACUCAAAAUUGGUACAGAGGUAACGAAAAGGCUAUGCUUUUAACCAAUACUUUAUUCCGUAUGGGUGGUGCUGCAAUUAUGUUAUCAAAUAAAUCAAAAUACUAUUGGACUGGUAAAUAUCGUUUAGUUGCUUCAGUCAGAGUUACCAAAUCACAUGAUGCUGCUUACAAUGCUGUUUAUCAAACUGAAGAUUCCAAAGGUAAUAAAGGUGUUAGAUUAGCUAUGGGUAGAGAUCUUUUAAAUGUUGUUGGUGAUUGUCUUAAAACCAAUCUUACCAUUCUUGGUCCAAUGGUCUUACCAUGGAGUGAACAAAUUAAAUUCUUUGUAAACUUUUGUUAUAGAAAAAUUGCUGGUAGCAAAAAGGUUCCAGCUUACGUUCCAAACUUCAAAAAGGCAUUCCAACAUUUCUGUAUCCAUGCUGGUGGUCGUGCUGUCAUUGAUGGUUUAGAAGAAAACUUCAAAUUAACUCCAUAUGAUGUCGAACCAUCAAGAGCUACUCUCUAUCGUUAUGGUAACACCAGUUCAUCAUCAAUCUGGUAUGAAUUAAACUUUAUCGAAAAACAACACUCUGUCAAGAGAGGUGAAAAAGUAUGGCAACUUGCUUUUGGUAGUGGUUUCAAAUGUAAUAGUGCAGUUUGGGAAGCUCUCCGUCCAAUUGGUCCAGUUAAUAAAGAUAAAAACAAUUAAAUAUAUAAAGUUAAUUUAUAAAAAAAUAAAAUUAUAAUUAUAAAAAAAAAUU